AUUUUUAAUUGCACUUUGAAAGGUAGCCAAUCCCUGAAUCGGAUAUGGCCAUGUCCAUAUUCCAUAUCCAAAAAAUUGAGAAAAACAGAGAGUUUUUCCGCUCGCAAUUCACAAAGCAACCUUCCCAACAAGUAAAACUUUGAUGACUCCCAGUUAGAAUUGAGUUGUCCAACUUACAACGCUUUAACUUUUCUUUUUAUUCCGUUCACACUCUUUCGCUUUUAACUCUCUGCAAAAAUGUCUAAAUACACACUGGAGUCAUGCACAGUGGAAACUCUUGAUAGAGUCAACCUCGGGACAAGAUUUUUCAAAGCAAAAGAAGAGAUCAAAGACAACAUAGUAAUAGUUCUUGUCCAUCCAUACCCAAUCUUGGGUGGUUGUCAGGCUCUUUUAAAGGGGAUUGCUUCUGGGUUAGCUGAAAAAGGUUACAAGGCUGUUACUUUUGACAUGAGAGGAGUUGGAAGAUCAACUGGAAGAGCUUCUUUCACAGGUUUUGCUGAGUUCAAGGAUGUUAUUGCUGUCUGUAAUUGGGUUUCUCGAAAUCUUUCUUCUGACAAGAUCUUGUUGGUCAGCUCUUCUGCAGCAUGCAUCUCUGAAAGCUGUUCCCAUCGCCAUCAAAAAAUGGAUGAAACUUACUUGAAGGGGUGCUUGAGACCAAGUUAUUCGUAAACUUGAAGUUAGAUGUUUUGAGUGGUAGGGUCCUGGUUGGUCAACUAACAUACUGAUAUAGUACAAUAGCCUAUUGGCAGCCACACCUUGCCAAUGGGAGAUUUUAAAUUCAUCUCCUCCUCCCUGAUUUUAUUGUAGAUAUAAAAACAAUCUGCAAUGAUCAAAGGCUUUGUCCCUCGGAUACAUUGAUGUAUGAAGAGUAAUAUCAGCACUAGCUUUAUAAGUAAAGGUGGGGGGGGGAGAUGCCUGUAUUUUUAUUAUUGGCUGAGCCUUAGGCAAUUUGGGAAGCAAUUUUUUCCACAUACUUCACUUUAUUUAUAAAGGUGAAGGUGCCUGAGUUCUUAUUUUUGGCUAGUUCUAAGCCAAAUUUACAAGUUCUGUUUCCCUGCCAUGCUCUGCUUUAAAGGUAAGGGGUUGCCUGGAUUGUUACUACAGGCCAAGUUCAAGGCAACUGUGUGAGUGUGUUUCCUUUCUAUGCGUGAAGUUGGUGAAAAAUUACUUGUUUAUUGUAUGCGUUUGACUGAUGUUUUUCCUUUAGUGGUAAAUGAACUAGUUGAUAUGCAGCUUUUCUUCAAUAAAGAUAACUUCUUGAUUUGUUAUGGGCUUUCUGUGUAGUAUUUGUGCUCACUGCUGGUGUAAUUCCGCACUUAUUUCCUUUAGUGGUAAAUGAACUAGUUGAUAUGCAGUUUUUCUUCAAUAAAGAUAAGUUAUCGAUUUGUUAUGGGUUUUUUGUGCUCACUGCCGGUGUAAUUCCGUACUCACAAGUAUUGGUCUUAGUUGGAGGCAAUCCAUUAAUAAUAGCAAGGGAAGAGUUUUAAGUCUGCUAAUUAUGCAAUUGAAAUUUUCAAAAGUCAUGGUUUUAUAUAUUAAAAAUGAUCAUUUUGAGGUAUCACAUGCUUUUAUAGUUUUUUUUUUUUUUUUUUAUAGUUUUGUGCAUAGAUUGCUUGGUGUAUCCUGGUAAAUUUCUUGGCUACAAUGUUGUAGAGAAAACUGAUGUGCUGAAAAAAAUAGGUCUUGCUUUUUGCAUUGAGUUUGUGUCACUGUUAAGAGAUAAAUGGGUGCUUUUUUACAGGUCAAUAUUCAUUUUUCAUUCUUCUUAUAGAGUUGAUAGCUGUGCAAUAUCUUUAGUGCUGGUUACUGAUUUGUUUGAGCAGGGACAAAUGCUGGUUUCAAUAUCUAUAGGAUUAAAUCUCUGGUUUCAAUGCUGUCUUAUCAAAGUGAAAAAAUGGCUCCUGCUGAAUUUGGUCGCAAAUUUAUUCGCAAACCAAAUGAAUAUCACAAACAACCUUUAAAUUCAAGUAAAAUGUAAAUAAAUAUCACAAAUAA